UAAUAAUGACAGUGAAUAAAAUUAAAUAACAAAUAAUUUUUAAAAAAGGGCACCCAACAUUUUAUUGGAAGAUGAUGAUGCUCUGAUAGGAAAAGUGACUGGCUGACUCAACUUUUUCUCCCUCUGUGCUAUCUUACUUAUAAUAAGACACUAAGAGGAGGUGGUGAAACAAAGAGUCACCCAAAGAGGACCCUGCUGGGACUACGCCUGGCCUAGGGAGGUGUGAGGAAAUGGGUACACUUGGCCAUGACGUCCCAGGCGAACCUCAUCCGUAGCAAGAGGCUAAGCGAAUGUCAGUUUCAGUUCUAUUCCCUGGGGAAGUCAUGUUCCACCAAGAACCUCUUAACUCAUGACCUAGAACCUGCAACAUCAACAGAUUGUUUUUUCUUUUGCAAUGAAUAAGAUGUGUAUCACUCUAGUUAGGUGUAAAACUUUAAGAUUAGAGAAUUCAAGGAGACCCAUAGGAUGGAUAUUGUUAAGUUUGUUAAUUUCAUGAGCAAGAGGGCAGAGAGAAGCCUCAACAGGGUCUUCCCAUCAUGAUCCAUCCCCAAUCUCAGCUGGCUUGGAUUCUGGACACACAUGUGCCCCGUGUGCUCAGGGAGAUCCCCGGAUGCAAACAUGGGACCUUUCUGACGCAGGUGCAGCUGCAUUCUCGCUGCACCCUGGCAUGCUCCUACAUGGCUAUUUUUGAAGCAAACUUAAGUGUGGGUGCAAUGAUAAUUUUUCUAAUUACUAUAACAUAUUGUGUGCAUUUUUCAUUUAAGAGAAUUUGUUGUAUUGGGUUUGUAGCUUUAUUAAAAUAGUUAAAUGACCUUGACUCAGUUCAAAAUCAGUAUUUAAAUAUUUAAGGCGAUUCGUUCCUGAUGUGUAGCAUGACUUACUGUUGCAUAAUCAUGUUUAAAUAUUUGGGGAAAUGUGCUUAAUAGAUGUCAAGACUUAAUAAACUGAACAUUAAACAAAGCUAAGUAGUGGUAAGUAUUCUUUCCAUGUCAGUAGCCCUGAGACAUGAAGGCUCCUAGCAACGGACAAGACAACUCCUGUCCCAUAGAUUUAAUAGACUGUAUGUCGGACCAAAAAUCCUGGAUGUCUGGCUGUUGCAAUUGAAAACAAGAUCCAAACAAAUACGCUUAGCAGGGAAACCUAGUGAGCAACUACGUGGGUUGCCUUUUGUAGUCAGGUCUCCUGCCAAAGGUCAUUGUUCAGUCUAUGGCUUGAUUAGGCUUGGCACAUACACAAACGUUUUGCUCGCCUGUCUGGCAAUAAGUACAAGGCUUUUUCACUUAAAACACUUCCGAGGUCAAGCUUCCUAAAGUAUGGGGGGUUGGGAGAUGAGAGUGUAAUAGAACGAGUAGAUCAAGCAAUCUGGGUGAUCAGAGGACUCUUUAAAAAAAGAAAAUUGAAUGUUCAAUUUUAUGUUCUGUUGAUGCUAAACUAACCUUUCCAUCUCCCCCAAAUGGUCAUUAAUUAAAGUUGUUAUAUAAUCAAAGAAAUGGCAAAGAAGCACUUCUGAGAUCUAACUAGCUUCUCUUCAUCUAGUGAUCAUGAGAGAGCCAUUCAUAUUGCCAGCUGAUGCUGAUGGGGUAGAAAUAGCACGCCAGGGAGUCUUCCUCGCCACAGAGAGGGCCCGAUGUUCAGUUAUGUUUCUAUAAUAGACACUUCGACUUGCCAUUUGCCUGGCUGAUCUCAGAUGCUCUGGGGAUUCUCUGAGGACUUAGGAGCUAAGAAUGCUCAGGGAUUUAGUGUCCUGAGGAACUCUUUAAUCCUCUGCUUCCUGAGUCCCACCCUAAGCCAGAACCUUCUGUCACAUCCCAAGAGUUACAGGCAGUUUGAAAGCUCUGCUAAGCAACUACUUUGCUUGACCUCUGGGGGUCCUAGGUGGUACCACUUAGGGCUCCCUGAGAAGUUCUGAGCAGGAUGAAUUUCCGUCUUGUCACUCUGCCUUGGGUGGCACUCUGAGGGGCUUUCUUUCUAAGCAGCAGCAGCAGCAGCAACGCAGGUCCCGCCAUGGGUGAGAUCAACCAAGAUGCCGUGGAGAAAUACCUGGAGGAGAACCCUCAGUUCGCCAAGCAGUACUUUGACAAGAAGCUGCGGGUGGAGACGCUGGGAGAAAUCUUCAAGAACAGCCGGGUGCCAGUCCAGGCCAGCAUGUCCUUCUCUGAGCUGACGCAGGUGGAGGAGUCGGCCAUGUGCCUGGAGCUGUUGCUCAGCCUGCAGGAGGAGGCCAGCAGCGCCGAGAUGGCCGCGCACAAGGCCCUGCAGAGGCUGGCCCAGCUGCUGCAGGCCGACCGCUGCAGCCUGUUCCUGUACCGGGCUCGCAACGGCAUUCCCGAGGUGGCCUCCAAGCUGCUGGACAUCACCCCCACUUCCAAGUUCGAGAACAACCUGGUGGUCCCUGACAAAGAAGUCGUGUUUCCACUGGACAUCGGGAUAGUGGGCUGGGCUGCUCACACGAAGAAACCCCUGAACGUCCCAGAUGUGACAAAGAACAGCCAUUUUUCUGACUUCAUGGACAAACAAACCGGGUAUGUCACUAAGAACCUGCUGGCAACCCCGAUCGUGAUGGGCAAGGAGGUUCUUGCUGUGGCUAUGGCACUUAACAAAGUAAAUGCAACUGAAUUUUCCAAACAGGAUGAAGAGGUCUUUACCAAAUACAUCAACUUUGUCUCUGUCAUCCUAAAGAUUCAUCAUACCAACUACCUGUACAAUAUUGAAUCCCGAAGAAGCCAGAUCCUUAUGUGGUCAGCCAAUAAAGUAUUUGAAGAGCUCACAGAUGUGGAGCGACAAUUUCACAAAGCACUCUACACAGUUAGAACAUACCUGAACUGUGAGCGAUACUCCAUCGGACUGCUGGACAUGACCAAGGAGAAGGAAUUCUAUGAUGAGUGGCCAAUCAAGCUUGGAGAAGUCGAGCCUUAUAAAGGUCCAAAGACACCAGACGGCAGGGAAGUCAUCUUUUAUAAAAUCAUUGAUUACAUUUUACAUGGAAAAGAAGAGAUCAAAGUGAUUCCGACACCGCCUACAGACCACUGGACGCUCGUCAGUGGGUUGCCGACAUAUGUUGCUGAAAAUGGAUUUAUCUGUAACAUGCUGAACGCACCUGCGGACGAAUACUUCACAUUCCAGAAAGGACCUGUAGAUGAAACUGGUUGGGUCAUUAAAAAUGUCUUGUCCCUGCCCAUUGUCAACAAGAAAGAAGAGAUCGUGGGCGUGGCUACAUUCUACAACAGGAAGGACGGGAAACCUUUCGAUGAGCAUGACGAACACAUAACUGAGACCCUCACACAAUUUCUUGGAUGGUCUCUUUUAAAUACUGACACCUAUGACAAAAUGAAUAAGCUGGAAAAUAGAAAAGACAUUGCUCAAGAAAUGCUCAUGAACCAAACCAAAGCCACGCCUGAUGAGAUUAAGUCUAUUUUGAAAUAUCAUGAGAAGUUAAAUAUAGAAGUCAUUGAAGACUGUGAAGAAAAACAACUUGUCAAAAUUUUGAAAGAGGAAUUACCAGACCCAAAGACAGCAGAUCUGUAUGAAUUUCGCUUCAGUGACUUACCUGUCACAGAACACGAAUUGGUAAAAUGUGGACUACGCCUGUUCUUUGAAAUAAAUGUGGUGGAGAAAUUCAAAGUACCUGUUGAGGUUCUUACCAGAUGGAUGUACACCGUGAGGAAAGGGUACCGCGCCGUUACCUACCACAACUGGCGGCAUGGGUUCAACGUGGGGCAGACCAUGUUUACUUUGUUGAUGACAGGAAGACUAAAGAAAUACUACACGGACCUCGAAGCCUUUGCCAUGCUCGCCGCUGCUUUCUGCCAUGACAUCGACCACAGAGGCACGAAUAACUUGUACCAGAUGAAGUCAACGUCUCCACUAGCCAGGCUUCACGGGUCUUCCAUUUUGGAGAGGCACCACCUAGAGUACAGCAAGACUCUCCUGCAGGAUGAGAGCUUAAACAUCUUCCAGAACCUGAAUAAGCGGCAGUACGAAACAGUUAUGCAUCUGUUUGAGGUUGCCAUAAUAGCAACGGACCUGGCUCUGUACUUCAAGAAAAGAACCAUGUUUCAAAAAAUUGUUGAUGCCUGUGAACAAAUGAAUACUGAAGAAGAAGCCAUCAAAUAUGUAACCAUUGAUCCAACCAAAAAAGAGAUUAUCAUGGCAAUGAUGAUGACGGCUUGUGACUUGUCUGCUAUAACCAAGCCCUGGGAGGUACAGAGCCAGGUAGCACUUCUGGUUGCGAAUGAAUUUUGGGAACAAGGAGACCUGGAGAGAACAGUGCUGCAGCAACAGCCGAUUCCUAUGAUGGACAGAAAUAAAAGAGAUGAACUACCUAAACUUCAAGUUGGAUUUAUUGAUUUUGUUUGUACUUUUGUAUAUAAGGAGUUCUCACGGUUUCACAAAGAAAUCACACCUAUGCUGAGUGGUCUCCAGAAUAACAGAGUGGAAUGGAAAUCGCUAGCUGAUGAGUACGAUGAGAAGAUGAAGAAAAUUGAAGAGGAGAUGAAAAAGCAGGAAGAAGGGAAUGCGGCUGAAAAAGCUGCCGAAGACGCAGGUGCUGCUGCCGCUGCCGCCGAUGACAAAAAGUCCAAAACGUGUCUAAUGUUGUGACAGAAUCCAACUGGCCUGAAUGUCAAUGCCAUUCUACUUUCAAAGAAUGAAAAACACUCAAAAGAACUUAAACAAACUUCAUUCAGCAAACCAUCAAGUAACAGAGUAAGAGGAUUUCCAGAAAAACUGUCUUAUGAUUGUCAAGAAAAUAUAUAUUACUAGCCUGAAAACCCUGAGGGUAAAAUAAAGUUCAACAAAAGUGUAAAAUAAGAGAAAAAUAGGUGUAUUUUUGGUGCCAAUUUAUUUUAAAUUAAAAAAAAUGCAAUACUGACAUUAGUCACAAAUUCUUUUUUAAAAAGUUAUUAAUUGCACGAUUUAUUUGCUGAGACUGCCAUUACAAAGUACCACAGACUAGAUGGUUUAAAUUAAGAGAAAUUCAUUUCCUCUCAGUUCAGAGGCCUCGGUUCACAAUAGAGGUGUCAGCAGGGUUGGUUUCCCAUAGGCCUUCUCUACUGGGUUUGUAAAUAGGCAACCCAUUUCCUCCCUACCCCCUUCAGAGGGACUUUCUGGGUGUGUCUGUUCCUAAUCUCCCUUUGUAAGGACACCCGGGGUUCUGGAUUAGAGCCCACCCAUGUGACCUCAUGUUAAUCUUAAUGACCUCCUUCACCGCUCUGGGUCUCCAAAUAGUCACAUUCCAAAGGGCUGGGGAUUAGGACUUCAACAUACAAUAUAUCUGGGGUUGAGGUCAUAAUAUUCAUAACUGAUUUUAUCAACACAUCUCAGUGCAAGAGUAAAUGCAGAAUAGAAAAAUAAUGUACAUAAACGCACACACACAAAAAGUAAAAAGGAUGUCAAAUGUUACUCCAUCUGAAAUGCUUAUCAUCAAAGACCUCUAUUUUCACCCUUGAUAAUAGAAUAAUGAAGACCACAUCA